CUUCUCAGGCCGGGAGGUGCCCAUCUCCAACGGCUCUGGCUUUGUGGUGUCCCCGGAUGGCCUUAUCGUGACCAAUGCCCAUGUGGUGGCGAAUCGGCGGCGGCUGCGGGUGAAGCUGGCUAGCGGAGAGCUCUACGAUGCCGUGGUCCGUGAGGUCGACCAGGUGGCAGAUAUCGCCACCAUCAAAAUCAACCCCAAGGUGUGUGGGGAGCCAGCAACCUCUGCCCACGCUACCCCUGGGUCGCUCCUCAGAGGUGCGUCAAGGUGAGUUUGUUGUGGCUAUGGGCAGCCCUUUUGCUCUGCAAAACACCAUCACCUCCGGCAUCGUCAGCUCUGCCCAACGCGGCAGCCAGGAGCUGGGCCUGGCCGAUUCCAACAUGGAGUACAUCCAGACCGACGCCGCCAUAGAUUUUGGGAACUCGGGGGGGCCCCUCGUCAACCUGGACGGCGAGGUGAUUGGGGUGAACACAAUGAAGGUGACCUCGGGUAUCUCCUUCGCCAUCCCCUCGGACCGGCUGCGGGAAUUCUUGCAGAAGGGGGAGCAGCGCAAGAGCUCCUGGUUCGGCAGCACGGAGGUGAAGCGCCGCUACAUUGGAAUAGUGAUGCUAACGCUGACCCCCAGUAUCCUGGCCGAGCUGAAGCUGCGAGACUCCAGCUUCCCUGAUGUCUCGUACGGGGUCCUGAUCCACAAGGUGAUCAUUGGCUCCCCAGCCCACCAGGCAGGCCUGAAGGCAGGUGACAUUGUGCAGGAGAUCAAUGGGCAGACGGUGCGGCGUGCAGAGGACAUCUACGAGGCCGUGCGGACACAGAACAGCCUGGCCCUGCUCGUGCAGCGCGGCCAUGACAUGCUGCUGGUGAACGUCAGCCCUGAGGUCACGGAGUAGAGAGCUGCCCAGCUGGCAGGGGCACCGUGGACUUGGCUUGAAGCACACGAGCCGAGCCAGAGGCUCGGGGUGACCGGCAGGAGGCCCCUUGCUGCCACACGGGGCGGUGCAGAGGAGACUCGGCCUUUGCAAGAGCCUGAAAUGCCCCAGCCAGCGGGGCUGGUCCUGGAACUGGCUCAUGGGGGGUGGCUGCUGUCUGCUUCCCUCAUCCCCAUUAAACCUCUCAUGGGGAA